AUUUUGAGAUGACAGACGUACAGAAUUCACCCUAAACUGGAGAGGGGAAAGAAGUAAAGUCAGCUGAUCUGGGACUCCCCUGAGGGAGCACGGUCUUUAAAAUGAGUCUCUCUGGGGGGAGAGAGGAGGUUGCUACUGCCUUUAAAAUGUCACCCUAUGUUAAGGAUGACAUAGACCACAAAGUUGAAAGCCCAAUCCAACAGGAGAGACCAGUCUCACCUGUACCCAGCUGUGUGUCCAUGAAGAGUGACCAGUCUAUGAUGGCUCCAAUCACAUUCGGAGAGAAAAAUUCUGCUUCUAAACAGAGCUCAAUCCAACAGGAGAGACCAGUCUCACCUGUACCCAGCUGUGUGUCCAUGAAGAGUGACCAGUCUAUGAUGGCUCCAAUCACAUUCGGGGAGAGAAAUUCUGCUACUAAACAAAGGAUCGAACAGGAGAGGCCAGUCUCACCUGUACCCAGUUGUGUGUCCAUGAAGAGUGUCCAGAUACAGUCAGUUUCAUUCAGAGAGGGAAUCUCUGCUACUAAACAGAGAAACAGUCUGGAGAGAUCACAGUCAGAGACCGAGACAGAGAGUCAGUUUACCCAGAGUCAUCAAACGGACCUGUCCUCCAUAUUCAGGUCGCUCGAAGACGAUAUCAUGACUUUUCUGAAGAGUCAGUUGAAGAGGUUUAAGAGGAUUCUGAGCUCAGAGUGCUUUGAGAGCCAGGGGGAGGACAAGGAAGUAGUGGAUAUUGAAAUUGCAAAGCAGGAGAGCAAUGCCAGGGAGGGAGCUCUGAAGAUCACACUGCAUAUGCUGAGGAACAUGAACCAAACAGAGCUCGCUGACAUACUGGAGAAAAAUGAGCUUGCUGUGAAGUGCCAACGUAAACUAAAAUCUAAUCUGAAGAAUAAGUUUCAGUGUGUGUUUGAGGGAAUAGCUAAACAAGGAAACCCAACACUUCUCAAUAAGAUCUACACUGAGCUCUACAUCACAAAAGGUGGAAGUGGAGAGGUCAAUAAUGAACAUGAAGUGAGACAGAUAGAGGCAGCAUUCAGGAGACCAGCAACACAAGAGAUCUCAAUCAAAUGCAAUGACAUCUUCAAAUCCUUACCUGGACAAGACCAACCUAUCAGAACAGUGCUGACAAAGGGAAUCGCUGGCAUUGGAAAAACAGUCUCUGUGCAGAAGUUCAUUAUGGACUGGGCUGAAGGAAAAGCAAAUCAGGAUGUCCAAUUCAUAUUUCCAUUUUCUUCUCGGGAGCUUUAUUUAAUGAAAUACAAGAAACACAGUUUGCUAGAACUUCUUCAUCACUUUUUUGUAGAAACCAAGGAAUCAGGAAUCUCAAACUAUGAAAGUUACAAAAUUCUGUUUGUCUUUGAUGGACUGGAUGAGUUCCAAAUUCCCCUGGACUUCCAGAACAAUGAAAGCUGGUGUGACAUCACAGAGUCAACCUCAGUGGAUGUGCUGCUAACAAACCUCAUCAAGGGGAAUCUGCUUCCCUCUGCUCUCCUCUGGAUAACCUCUCGACCUGCAGCAGCCAAUCAGAUCCCUCCUGAGUGUGUUGACCAGGUGACAGAGGUACGAGGGUUCAAUGACCCACAGAAGGAAGAGUUCUUCAGGAAAAGAAUCAGUGAUGAGAAUAUGGCCAGCAGAAUCAUUUCACACAUAAAAUCAUCAAGGAGCCUCUUCAUCAUGUGCCACAUACCAGUCUUCUGUUGGAUUUCUGGUACAGUUCUUGAGCACAUGUUGAAAAAAGGAAAGAGAGGAGAAAUGCCAAAGACUUUGACUGAGAUGUACACACACUUGCUGGUAGUCCUGAUGAAACAGAUGAUUGAGAAAUAUCAUAGGAACGAUGAGACACAUCCACACUGGAAUGAAGAGAGCAUUCUGUCACUGGGAAAGCUGGCAUUUCAACAGCUGGAAAAAGGAAAUAUGAUUUUCUAUGAGGAACACCUGCGAGAGUGUGGCGUCGACGUCAGCGAGGAGUCUGUGUACUCUGGAGUGUGCACACAGAUCUUUAAAGAAGAGAGUGGGCUGUACCAGCAGAAGGUGUACUGCUUUGUGCAUCUGAGCAUUCAGGAGUUUCUGGCUGCUGUAUACGUGUUUCUCACAUUCAACAACAGUGGUGUGAAUCUAAUGGUUCAACCUGAAUCAACCUCUGAAGUACUUACGCCAUUCAAAAACAAUCCUACAUUUUGCCUCAAUGUAAGCGCAGUGGAGAUGGCCUUACAGAGUGAGAAUGGACACCUGGACCUGUUCCUCCGUUUUCUUCUCGGCCUCACACUGGAGUCCAAUCAUACUCUCCUACGAGGCCUACUGACACAGACGAAAAUCAGCUCACAAACCAAUGCUGAAACAGUCAAGUACAUCAAGUGGAAGAUUAAGGAGAAUCUCUCUCCAGGAAGGUGCAUCAAUCUGUUCCACUGUCUGAAUGAACUCAAUGACCAUUCUCUAGUGGAGGAGAUCCAAAGCUACCUGAGCUCAGGCAGUGUCUCCAGAGAAGAACUGUCUCCUGAACAGUGGUCCGCUCUGGUCUUUGUGUUGCUUACAUCAGAAGAGGAGCUGGAUGUGUUUGACUUGAGAAAAUACUCCAGGUCAGAUGAAGGUCUUUUGAGGCUGUUGCCAGUGGUCAAAGCCUCCAGAACAGCUCAGUUGGAAAGUUGUGACCUCACAGAGAAAUGCUGUAAAGCUUUGGCAUCCGCUUUAAACUCCUCACACCUGAGAGAGCUGGAUCUGAGCUACAAUCCUCUAAAAGACUCAGGAGUAAAGCUGCUCUCUGAUGGACUAGGGAGUCCACACUGUAAACUGGAGAAACUGAGGCUGUCAGACUGUCAAGUCAGAAAGGAAGGCUGUGCUUCUCUGGUCUCUGCUCUGAUGUUAAAGCCCUCACAUCUGAGAGAGCUGGACCUGAGUAACAACCCCCUAGAAGACUCAGGAGUUAAGCUGCUCUCUGAUGCACUGGGGAGUCCACACUGUAAACUGGAGACACUUAGGCUGUCAGGCUGUGAAGUCAGAGAGGAAGGCUGUGCUGCUCUGGCCUCUGCUCUGAGGUUAAACCCGUCACACCUGAGAGAGCUGGACCUGCAUGGCAAUGACCUAGAAGACUCAGGAGUGAAGCUGCUCUCUGAUGGAUUGGGGAGUUCACACUGUAAACUGGAGACACUGAGGCUGUCAGGCUGUAAAGUCAGAGAGAAAGGCUGUGCUGCUCUGGCCUCUGCUCUGAUGUUAAACCCCUCAGCCCUGAGAGAGCUGGAGCUGAACUUCAAUCACCUAGAAGACUCAGGAGUGAAGCUGCUCUCUGAUGCACUGGGGAGUCCACACUGUAAACUGGAGACACUGAGGCUGUCAUGCUGUGGAGUCCGAAGGGAAGGCUGUGCUUCUCUGGCCUCUGCUCUGAUGUUAAACCACUCACACCUGAGAGAGCUGGAUCUGAGCCACAAUGACAUAGAAGACUCAGGACUGAAGCUGCUCUCUGAUGGACUGGGGAGUCCACACUGUAAACUGGAGACACUGAGGCUGUCACACUGUAAGGUCAGAGAGGAAGGCUGUUCUUCUCUGGUCUCUGCUCUGAUGUUACACCCCUCACAUCUGAGACAGCUGGACCUGAGUGGCAAUCACCUACAAGGCUCAGGAGUGAAGCUGCUCUCUGAUGCACUGGGGAGUCCACACUGUAAACUGCAGACACUGAGGCUGCGAUGGUGUGGAGUCAGAGAUGAAGGCUGUGCUUCUCUGGCCUCAGCUCUGAUGUUAACCCCCUCAGCCCUGAGAGAGCUGGACCUGAGUGUCAAUGACCUAGAAGACUCAGGACUGAAGCUGCUCUCUGAUGGACUGGGGAGUCCACACUGUAAACUGGAGACACUGAGGCUUUCAUCAUGUAAAAUCGGAGAUAAAGGCUGUGCUUCUCUGGCCUCUGCUCUAAUCUUAAACCCCUCACACCUGAGAGAGCUGGACCUGAGUCGGAAUGACCUGCAUUAUUCAGCAGUGAAGCUGCUCUCUGAUCAACUGGCCAAUCCUCUCUGGAGACUGGAGAAACUGAACUUUUUCAGCCAUACAUUUACGGUGUCUGGUGAUGAGAAUAAAGACUACGUACACAACAUGACACAACAAAAAUGCAUGUGAGCUCAGGGACUGCCCCCAGGUGCUAUGUAGAGAGGGUCUGACUGGGCAAUGUUACUGGGAGACCGAGUGGAGUGGAAAAGCUUAUAUAGGAGUGGCAUAUAGAGGAAUAAACAAACAUGGAGAGGCUAAUUCUUGUGUAAUGGGAUUCAAUGACAAGUCAUGGAGUCUGGAGUGCUCCAAUGACAAUUACACUGCCUGGCACAACAAUAAGAGCGCUAUCGUACCUGUCUGCUCCUCCCGCUCCAACAGAGUAAGAGUGUAUCUGGACUGUCUGCAUGGCCAUCUAUCCUUCUACAGCAUCUCCUCUGGCAGUCUGACCCAAUGGCACACAUUUAACACCACAUUCACUGAGCCUCUCUACCCAGGGUUUGGGGUUUGGGAUUAUUGCACCUCUGUAUCUUUAUGCAAGGUUAAACGUUGAAACGAAAUACUGGUGAUGUCACCUCAUUGUCCCUGUAACAGCUAGCCUCCUACUGUCCUGGAGGAAAACCUUGAGGCUUCAAAUAAAUCACUCUCCUAUGAAGACAACUGUGUGACAUGAUUGGAUGUUUUAAACUAUGAUGAUGACUUCCACCACCGCUUGUGGGUCCGCUGAUGGCUGUAUAAUCCGAUAUGGGAUGCGCGCUGUCUGCCACAGACAGAGCACACAAAAUCCUGUCCUGUUGAGGCCUGGCGCAGCCAUGGUCAUGUUUCGUCUUUGUUGUUUCGUCAGGUGACAUUCAGUCCUUUUCAACUCAGCCAACUGCACUCCUUGGUCGCAGAGCCCGUGCCAGGCGGAACGGUCCACAGCAAGUCUCAAGGGAGGCAGGGUUUAUCCCACACUGCCUUAUGUGGGAUCUUCAAGUGGUUCUUUACACACCUUUUCUGUCCACCUGCCUAGCGACGGCCCAGUUGUAGCUGUCCGUACAAGAUAUUUUGCAGCAGGCGGUCCUCUGGCAUCGAUCCGGAUGGCAAGGCCGAGCCAUCUGAGUUUGUGGUGAAUGAUGGUUGUCUCAAUGCUCCUGCAGUUGGAUCUCUUCAGGAUCUUUGAGUGUGGUACACGGUUCUGCCAGGUCACUUUGAAAAUGCGUUGGAGGCCUUGAAAGGACUCCAGUUGUUUUAAGUGGCAGCUGUAGACUGUCCAUGUUUCACAUCCAUAGAGGAGUGUGGAUUAUAGACUAAGACUUCACUUUGGUGUACAGGUGCAGGUUUCUGUUGUUGAAAACUCUUCCUUAGCCAUCCAAAGGAGGAUGAGGCCUGUUAGAAACGGUUCUUGGAUAUUCUGGUCGAUGUUGCAGUCUUCCAAGAGAAUGCUUCCAAGGUAUUUGAAGGUGCAAUGGCCAGUGAGGAGCCUGCAAUGGAGAAAGCGGGUGAUUCAGGUGUAGGAUCAGAUGACUACUGACAUAGGAUCUCUGUUUUUGGGAUGUUAACAGACAGGCCUUCAUUCUGCUGUAUGUUUUCACAGCUGCUGUGAGGGUGGCUUGUACUGUGGAGCUAGCUUCUGGGUGUGUGCCACAAGACACACACAAUGAACACUGUGACAUUGAUACACUCUAGUCAUGUACAUGAUUAUGUAAAUAUUGAUGGAAUAUUCCUAAACUGGUUCACAAACAUUGUAAACUAGACUUAAUUAAUCAAGAGUGAAUCAUCACACACUGAUUGCAAAAAAUAUAUUAAUUUGAAAAUCAGAAAUAGUAUAUAUAUUUUUUUUUUUUACAUCUGUUUAUGGUUCUAUCCAAAUUGCCUCUUUAAAUACAUUAACGUUUUUCUAUGUGUUCAGUUUUAAUUUGUGCCUUAACCUUUAUUGUGUUUUGCAUAAAAGUGGAAUAAAAACUGUUAUC